UGUAAAUGUUGAUAUAGCAGUGCAUAUAUACGACAGUCUAGUGGAUUGUAUGUUCGACAAGAUAGGUGUCAACUAUAGUUAUUAGCUACAUUUUUUAUCACCAUUUGUUAUUGGCUUUUGCAAAUGAAAUUUUAAUACCAUACGUUUUUUUUUUUAAAUUAUACAAUGAUCGCCGGUUAAUAACAAUUCAAAUACAGCCCUGUACGCUACUUGCUCGUCGUGUUUUCUGCUGAGUUGGUUUAGUUUUGUUUGAAAUUGGAAUGUGUUGAAGAAAUUUCGUUGCGGCAAUUUGUUUCAUUCCACUGUCCACUCAGUGUUCAUCUGUGAGCGUAGACAAUUACUAUCACCGUGUUUUUAGUGCAUUGGAAUGUCUUGCGGUUGUUCUUAAAGUAAACGAAAUAUUGAAAAAUAAAUGCCAACUGGCUUAAGUGUAAAAGAUUCCAGUAUCGUUGAUGUAUGAAUAAUUUUUUAACUUAAUUUUUUGCGUCGAUAAGUGUGGUUAAAGUUAUAUGGGCAUCGUAAUAAGAUAAGAUUAGAUAUUCACGAUGAAAUUAAAAAAAAUCUAAUUGUGCCAAAAAAAAGAAGAAAUUAAAUCUGUGGUAAUAAGAACGCCCGGUAGUGUUAAAAUCGUACUUCCAACUAUUAUGAACGCAUAUAUUAAAAAAAAAAAUGUCUAAUGAAAAUAUAAGUGUGCCACAAAGCAAUAUAAUUGCUCCGACCGACUUCAAAUAUGGUGACUCUGAUAUUUGUUCGAAACGCCGAAAGUGCAAUGCUGAUGAUACCGAGGACAAUGGGAGUAUUGCAUUUACUGAAUGUACACCAACAAAUAUUUCUCCUUUGGAUUUUUCCUCUGUUGAUGUGAGCUCAGAUUUUAAAGGAGGUCUUCUUAAUUCCACUACAUCGACAUCAUCAGCACAGUCAUCACCCAUUUCAUCAAUAACUGAACAAAAAUCGGAAAAAUCGCUAUUGAUAACAGCAAAGCCAUCACAAACAAGUAAAUGUUUUGAAAACACUUUUAAAUUGCUACAAGCCCAAUUAGAGUGUAAUGCAAAAAAGGCUGUUAGCGUUAUGCAGUCCUUUAAUGUGGAUACGUCCUUUUUAAAUAGCAGUAUCUGUUCAUUACCUUCAAUCAGUGAAUCCGAAGAACCACCUACACAUUUAGAGCUUGAAUUAGAAGCAAUGCGACGUGUACGUGCGCUAGUUACAAACAAGACAAGUUACAAUAUUUCCCCCCGAUUUGUAGCACUUUUAUGCGAUUUUAUAUCUAAAGGUCAACAUAAAGAAGAUGAGAAAGAUUAUCGGGAAAUUUGUUCAAAAGAUGGUGAACAGGAUUUAAGAUAUCAUGCUGCUAAGAAUUGUGACGGAAAGAACUGUCUAAAAGUUAUAAGGACGUUAUGCUCAGAAAAAGUUCUAUGUGGAAACCGUGUAAGCCAAAUGACGCGUGCAUAUGAUGAUAUAGAAGCUGUGACCCGCCUGCUGGAAGAGAAAGAAAAGGACUUAGAAUUAACAGUACAAAUUGGCAAAGAACUUUUAACGCAAAACAAUGCACUUGAAAGCAGGAUUACUGAGCUCGAAGCAGAUUUAAAAUCCUCAAAUGAGGAUCGCGCUCAACUAGUGCAUGAACUACACAAGAAAAAUGAACUUAUCGCUGUUUUGACGAAUGACUCUGAUGAAGGGAGUGAAAAUGAUACUCCCACCUUCUCCAAAUCCAUUACUUUGGAUUUGCUACAAAAGAAAAUUGCUACUUUGCAGGAUGAAAAUAAAAGUUUAAAACUUGAAGCCUUACAGCUUGCCUCAGAAACCGAUGAUGUUGAGGCGCAGGAACGUCAACUUAUGGAAGACAUAACGUCGCAAUUGAACGAAGCGAACGGUCGCUACGACAGCAUGAAUCUGGAGUUGGAACGUCUCCGAGAGGAGAAUCGUUUGCAGCAUGAACAGAUAAUCAGUUUAACAGCGAGAUUAUCGGAAGCUGAAAUGAGGCUGCAUCAAUUAACGCACGAUAAUGACGAACACAUUACACUUUUAAAUAUAACCAAGGAGAACCAAAAUUCAUUAGCAGUGGAACUACUUGAAUUCAAGCAACGAUAUCAGGAAGUACUGGCUCUACUGCAGGAGGCUCAGGAGCAAUUGCGUAAUCAGAGAAAGAAAACAAUGCCGCAAGCGCGUAGCUCUUUUAUAUCGAAUUCUGGUUUACUGCAGCCCGAAUCGUUGCAAAGCGAAUUAAUGGAGUCAUCAAUGUACUCUGAAAAUAGUCUUGAUUCCGGUAUUUCGGGUGAUACGCUACGGGCAGAUCGUAUGGGCCGUUUAAUGUCGCAAAUGCCCGGUAUAUAUGGUGGUGGUGCUGGUGCCGCAGGGUCCGCAUAUGGAUUUGGAGGCGUUGGUGCUAUACCACCAUAUAAACGGGUGUUCGAAACGGUACGAUGUGCCAGCAAAACUGGCAAUUAUAUGGAUAGUGGUAAUUCGUCGAUGACCCAACUGGGCGCAAUGGCAAUGAGCAGUAGCGUGGGACCGCGGAUGUCGGCGAUGCCGUAUCGUGGUGCCGCCUUCGAUGACAAUACAAUGGGUCUGAAGACUUUGUCAUGCGAAAGUCUGGCAUCACAAUCGGACGACGGCUAUCCAGCGGCACCAAGUGGUGUUCCUGGUGCACCAGGCGCUAAAGACUUAGAAGCCGCUUUAAAACGCCUCACACCAGCUGAAGUAUUGGCACGACGUGCUAUGCUCUCUUAUGCUCCAGUUGGUACGUAUUCAUAUGAUGAGCAGCCAACCACCACAAAUACACUUCCACUAGGUGUACGCACGCCAGAUAGUAUUAUGUCGACAGGUUCGUCAGGUAUUUCAUCCUCGAAUAUGUCGGCAUCAAUGCAACAAUGGCGGCUACCGGAAAAAUUGCAAAUUGUGAAACCUAUAGAAGGUUCACAAACAUUGCAUCAUUGGUCCAGAUUAGCAACGCCAACAUUAAGUGGCUUGCUUGAGGAACGACCCGGUGUUACCAUACGUGGUGGACGUGGCCUUGACGAUUUGGGCAUGCAAGUGUAUACAUUGUCCGAUGUGGAGGAAGACGUAAGCGAUGACUUACCGGGUAAGCAAUUCGAAGCAUCCGGCUGUACAUUUACGUAUACAACGAGUAUGGUAAUGCAUCCUGAUGACGGUUUAAAUGAUUUGUCAUUCUUGUCUCAAUCACAAUUGUCAUCACGUAUGGCCUCCGCAUCGACAUCGCGUCAACCAAGUUGCCCGCCCACACCACACGGUGGACUCUCGCGCAAAAAUUCCUGCUCUACGUUUUCGGUAAAUCUUGGAUUGGCUUCAAUGUUAAACGAACGUGGUAUCAAGGCUGUGACGCCAAGUGCGCUGAAUACACCCGCUGGACCGAACUUCACACCAACUGUUACGCCCUGCAAUAGUCCCGAGGGUUCACCACCACGCUCAGCAUCUCCCGAACCAUUGUUCGGCAUUCUGUCGACUGGUGCCGAUUUGAUUCGACGCAAACUAAUUGGCGAUAUUGAGAGGCCGAAUCGUAAUCAAGCUCAAAAACAACAAAAAAUCAUGCUAUCGCGCUUGGAAAGACGUGCAUUACGUUCGCUAAAACUGGUCGAGAAGGUGGAGAGUAUUGGUUUAGAGAAUAUCAUAGUUGCACAACCGAAUACUAUGUCCCAGUUGGCCAGCGGUAUAGCGAGUCGCAGCUCUAGUCCAAUGGCACAAUUAAUUAGUCUUAAGAAUCUGCACACAUGCGCCAAUAACGUAGUGGACGAUAUACACUUCGAUCGUGAUCAAAUAAAAACCGUGUUACAUAAGGGGUUGACUACGCCCACCACAACCAGCUCAUGCAUAAGAAGCGAUGAUGAAAGCGUGGAAACAGAAUCGAUAUCAAGUGUAAUAAGUACCGAAAGAACUGUUAAAAAUGGACAACAGCAUAUAGUAAUAAAUAGCACACAAAAUGUGAUUGCGGCAACGGUCACAGCGACACCCACAAAUGGUACAAGCACAACCGAGUCCCGUAUAAAGCAAUUACAACGACAAAAGUCGCGUCGCAAUCUGAAGAAUGGUAUUGCUGGUCAACGACCAGAUUUAGGUACGAUCAAUGGCAGUGCUACUGGUGGUGGUAGUGGACGUGUACGUCCCGAUCUAGGAAAAGUGUCUUCUGGACCCUCAACGUCUGCGGCAGCCAAGAGCAAUAUGACAAAUGCCCCUACAGAUGUGCCACAGACGAAGAAGAGUGCGCACAAUAAAGAACGCGGACCGCGAGAACAACAAGAAGGUGUUCUACAAACAGUUGUCGGAACUGUGAGUUCAUUACUCUUCGGACGUAAAGGUGGCUGGCUGUAGAGCACUUAUACUACUUAUUUUACUAAAUGUGCUUAUUUAAGUAUGAUAAUAAUAUAUAAUAAUAUUUACUACAUAAUUUAGUUUGAUAGUGUUUGAAGCGAAGAUCAAUUGUUAUAAACGGAUAACGAAUAGUGAGUUCUAAACGAUGACGGAGCAUAGUUGAAAAAAGUUGAACAACUAACGAACAAAUUUGCAAUGAAGGCAGUGCUAUUUUUUAUUAGCAAACUUAAAUGGCAUUAAUACCCAAACACCUAAGCCAAAUUGCUUGUAGUAUUGUAAGCAGGCUGCAAAGAUGUAAAUAAGAUAUAAAUAAGAAUUGAGUGCAACGAUAGUGCAGCUGUGAAUAUAUCUAUGAGCAGGCUAAUAACAUUUCUUUUUUUUUUUUUGUUUUUUUUGUGCACUUAGUUAUGUAGCACAUUUUAUAGGAAUUAGGAAAUUCUCUUGCAAAACUCUUAUAACCCUGCAAUAUCAACGAAACAUGCGAAAUAAAUAUACUACCCAUCUUAAUUUACGUGCAAUUAGGCGUAGCUGUGCCAGCUAUAAUGUUACAUAUUCACAGAAAUGUUUCGCUGAUAUGUCUGUUUCACCAAUGAGCUGCGUGCGCUUGGAUAUUUGGUGUAGGAUUGCAUGUAAUCAUGCAAGAGCAUAAGAAUUCUAUUAGGUAUUCCAAAAAACAAUAUGUCUAAUUUGUAUGCUAGACGUUGUUUAUCCCUUCACAAGGCGUAGCUAACACAACUGUGUAAUCAAAUGAGGACUGGAAACAUCUUGUACAUGUCCUAUUUAAAUAAUUUCUAGCAUUUGCUGUUUGUGAUUUGUACCGCACGCAUAAAUAUUCAUCAUUUACUUUAUUUUUAUCACAUAACCUAAGAAAUUUGUUUUUAUGUUAUAUUGAUUUAUUAUUGUUUAUAUAUUAAUUUAUUGAAAUCGAAUAUUAAGUUUUCAAGCAUAUACAUAUGUACACUUACUUUCACAUGGCGGAUAAAUAAAUUCACAAAUAAAUAUUUAAUACUGCCACGAUGAGUUCACUUUAUAUCCACGAACUACAUAUAUACGCUUACUAUGAAAUACGCAUUUCGUGGGAACAGUUUUGAAACUAGUGUAAACACAAGGAUAUGUACAUAUUACAACAAUUUGUUUAAUGCCUGCUAAUGUAUUAAUAAUUUGUUAUACUUUGCAAAAAAUUUAUUUAAUAAUGGCAAUGAAUAUGUAUAAUUAUACACACACACACGCACAUAACAUAAACGUUCUUUAUUGUGUGCGUUUUCAACAGUAACAUUCAAGAAUUCUUUAGUAGCUAUGUACAUGCAUGGCCAAUAAUAUAGCCUUAUGCUGCCUUUACAAAUAAGUGCUCUUGCAUUUUUAUUACUGCAAAAUGCAAAUAAACAAUUCCAUUAUAACGUUAAAUAUUUGUUAUAUAAAUAUAACGCUUCUUAAAAAUAAUUAAACUACGUCAACAAUUGAAAUAUUUAACAUUCAAUGUGGAAGUGACGUGAACGUGUAUUAUUAAAAAAUAACUUAUAAUUUGUGUUUAGUAAAGUCUAAGCAAACACUUUUCGAUUCAAUUCCUAAAAAAUACUUUAUAUGUUGAAAUUUUAUAUUUUUCACAUACCAUAACAAUUUUUUUUUUUUGGAAUUUUUUUUUAUUUAGUGCAGAUCAAACGAGCUUGUUUAGGUUUAAAGUAGGUACAUAUGAUUUUGCUAUACAUACCAACAUGAAAAACGCCUUGAGCAGUGUUUUUUCACUUAAUAAUCUGUAAAUUAAAAUUUCCACCAACUCUUUCCUUAACAUGGUUACAACAGUCACUACUGGCUAAACAACGACAUGCACAUAUACUACUAAUUUCAAGUUGAUUCUAGUCUCGCUCCACUUCCUUAAAAAUAGUUGUUCUCGCUAUUCGUUGCCGCAUAGCGAAACCAAUACGGCACUUAAAAACUUUAGUUUGUAGUUAAAUCAAACAUUGUGAUGUAAAUAAAAUAUUGUUUUUAUUUAAUUUUAUUAUUAUUUUUUUUUUUUUGUUUUUGCAUUCUCGCUAAACUAUACAUUGUCUAGUUUGGUUGACGAAUGUGCAUGUGCGCCUAUUUCAAAUAAAAUAACAAACAAUUAGAUAUAUUAAAUUUAAGUGAAGCAGAUAAAAAAAAAUAUAAAAAAAAUUGCUGCAAAAUGGUAAAGAAUGGCAUUAAAAUGGUGCUAGCCUAUGUUAGUAUGUGUGCCACAUGCAUAAAAGUACAUACAUGCAUACAUUGCAUAUCUAUAUAUGUAAGUUCGAAAGUGUGUGCUAUAUAUGCAUAUGUGUUGCACACUUAAAAAAUAACUAUCUAUCACUUGUGAUAAAAUUUGAUCAUUUCUGUAAUUGCAUUGCUUUUGCUUAGUGAAAAGAGAAGAGACAUUAAAAUAAUAAUAUUAGUAAUAUCCGGCGAAAAAAUAAUAGUUGUGUGUGCAUAAUUUUCACAGUUAUUGAACUUAUUAAGGCCAGCGUUCAAAUAUGAAAGACUUUAUUUUCCUAUAAUGAGGCAAGGUUAGUAAGAGUACCGUGGUGCACAUAGAUAAUAAUUGAAAAUUAUAAAGAAAUAUAUGUACAUAUAUAUACUUACAUAUAUAUAUAUAUAUAUAUAUAUAUAUGUA